UUUUUACAGAUGAUGUCUUGGAGUUUCUUCCGUCUCUACUCAUCUGUCGAAGCCCCUCAUUUGGCUGUUUCGUGAUUUACUUCCCUUAUUGAAAUAGUUUACAGUUUCAUGGAUAGAUUUCUAGUAUUUAUUGGGGCUGCUGCAUCUAAAGGCAUCUACGUUUAACCUUGUCAAUGUCGUCUAUGAAAGUUGUGCGGUUCACACUCCCAGCAGCUUGGUCAUACGCGUAACUGCACGUUGUGCAAUCCUUUCCUAAAAUACAGCCUGCAUGUGGCAAAGUCCUAAGACCCGUAGUUGUCAGUAAACAAAUGCCCCAUAAUGGAUAAAGAUUUAAGGAUGGUACAUUCACUUAAUGCCGUCUGACAUAGCUACUAAAAAUAUUGUGGCAAUUUUAACAGAGAGAUCCUCAUUCAUCUAAGAAACCUUCAUUUUGUGCCAGACUCUGUUCUAGGUGCUGAGGAUAGAGCGGGGCCAGGACAAGCACACACUUGCUUCCGUGGAGCCAUUUCUGAUAUUGGCAACAAUCUACAAGACUGACUGUCGUUAAACAAGUCCUUGCUACCACUUGUCCUAAAACAGGAAGCAUGGGGUUGCCUGUGAGGAGUAGUCUGUUUGCAUGGGCUUUCUGUGUUUUGGAUCUUCUGCCCCUGACUUUAGAUUCGAGGCUCUGUGUAAUUCAACCUUUGUGUCCUUCCAUUCUGUCCCAGGCAGCACCCAUGCCUGCUUUUCAGGGUAACCCUACUCCCAGUAAAUCUCAUACCAUGUAGCAUGUGUUAAGUCACACAGCUUAGGCAUGUUCUCGAUGGUUGGUACAGCUCUGUCCCUGUGUCUUUCAGCGCUCACAGACAUUAACUUACAUAGAUGAGGGAUGUGCUUCAGGUCCUCUUCGUAAUCCUUUGCACUCAACCAGUUUUCAUUUGAAAACCCCUUUGGAAGUUUGCAUUCAGGACUUGAGUGCCCACUGAGCACAAGGUAUCAAGAUGCAUUCCUCAAGGAGGGAGACCUUUUGUUUGGCUGAAAUGAGGGAAUUACAGGUGGAAGAAGGCCCAUAUCUUUUUCUGUGGGGGCUUCAAGCGUCUUUGGAAGUAGAGGCAACAGUGAGAAGGGGAAGCUUUCCCUGCUGGACAUAGCUGAGCUGAUUCGGGCCAGAGCCUGCCAGAGAGUGGUUGUCAUGGUGGGGGCCGGCAUCAGCACCCCCAGUGGCAUCCAAGACUUCAGAUCUCCAGGGAGUGGCCUCUACAGCAACCUCCAGCAGUAUGACAUCCCUUACCCCGAGGCCAUUUUUGAGCUUACAUUUUUCUUUCACAACCCCAAGCCAUUUUUCACUUUGGCUAAGGAACUGUACCCUGGGAAGUACAGGCCCAAUGUCACUCACUACUUCCUCCGACUACUUCAUGACAAGGGGCUGCUUCUGCGACUCUACACACAGAAUAUUGAUGGACUUGAGAGAGUGUCUGGCAUCCCUGCCUCAAAGCUGGUUGAAGCUCAUGGAACCUUUGCCUCUGCCACCUGCACAGUCUGUCGAAGACCCGUCCCAGGGGAGGAUGUUUGGGCAGAUGUCAUGGCAGACAGGAUUCCCCGCUGCCCAGACUGUGCCGGCAUCGUGAAACCAGAUAUCGUGUUCUUUGGGGAGCCACUGCCCCAGAGGUUCUUGCUGCAUGUGGUUGAUUUCCCCAUGGCAGAUCUGCUGCUCAUCCUUGGGACCUCCCUGGAGGUGGAGCCUUUUGCCAGCUUAUCUGAGGCCGUGGGGAGCUCAGUGCCCCGACUACUCAUCAACCGAGAUUUGGUGGGUCCCUUGGCUUGGCGUCCUCGCAGCAGGGACGUGGCCCAGCUGGGGGACAUGGUUCACAGCGUGGAACGGCUGGUGGAGCUUCUAGGCUGGACGGAAGAGUUGCAGGACCUUAUCCAGCGGGAAACCGGGAAGCUCGAUGGACAAGACAAAUAGGAGUGUGAUGGCUGCACACAUAUGAGAAAUGGUGACACAGGAGAUGUCCACAUCCCAUUUCUGAUGAGAACUCACACCUGAAGACAGUUUGGGCAGGUUUACAAGUUUUGGCUGCUGAACCAGGACACGAGAACUGAGGUAGAGUGGACAUCUGGGGCUGCCACUGGAAUGUCUUCCCGACCUGUGAGCUCUGUGCUGAUGGGUAGAGUGGUGUUUGCACUCAUGGCCACCCUGAUACAAUGGAGCUGCCUGUUUGCUGUAUUUAAUUCUUCACUCUGCUGUAGCUCCUGAUGCAAGAAGCUUUCUUCUCACAGUGACGCUUGUUGGACUGAAACAAACUGAGUGCAAUCUGCUCUUA